GUACAAGGUUAUGAACUCUCAAGAUACCCCUAGAUACUUUCACCAAUCCAUAAGUCACAUAGGAAUUGGCUUCCUAGUGGUGGGCAGAUUUCAUUAAUUUUCUAUUAUGGGACGGUAUUCUAGGCGAGUGCUUGGAGUACCAGUAGUGUUUUGUCCAUAUAUCCUCCUACAGGUGCAAGGGCUAACUUCAUCUUUAUUCGACAUCUGUCAAAUAUGCGACGUCCAUGUAAACGACGAAACAAAAACGGGUCUUCCUUGUCUUCCGACAGCGCUCCCGCUGGUUUGUACAACACCAACGCUACUCUUGCUGUGUUUAGUGCAGCGGUAAUUUCCUCAUCCACCUUGUAUAAACACCGACCACUCCCAUCCAAAUCCACCUACAGGUACG